AUGGAGCACAUCUUCAUUGUGGGGCUUCUUGCUGGUACGUUUUUCUCUGCUAACUCGUUGAUGCAGAAGGAAGACCCUGCCCCCUACCUGGUGUACCUCAAGUCUAACUUCAAUCCAUGUGUUGGAGUUCUCAUCAAGAGCAACUGGGUGCUGGCGCCUGCGCAUUGCUACCUACCGAACCUGAAGGUGAUGCUGGGGAACUUGAAGACCAGAAUCAGAGACGGGACGGAGCAGACCAUCAAUCCCAUCCAGGUUGUGCGCUACUGGAACUCCAACCACAGCAACCCCCAGGAUGACCUCAUGCUCCUCAGACUGGCCAGACCUGCCACCCUCAACCAGAAGGUCCAGCCCAUCCCCCUCGCCACCAGCAACGUGCGGCCAGGCACCAUGUGUCUGCUCUCGGGGCUGGACUGGAGCCAUGACAACAAUGGCAGGCACCCCGACCUGCGGCAGAACCUGGAGGCCCCCGUGAUGUUGGACUCGGAGUGCCAGAAGACGGAGCAGGGGAGGAACCACAGGAACUCUCUGUGUGUCAAGUUCGUCAAAGUCUUUGCCCGCAUUUUUGGGGAAGUGGCAGUUGCCACUGUCAUCUGCAAAAACAAGCUGCAGGGGAUCGAGGUCGGGCACUUCAUGGGUGGCGAUGUGGGCAUCUACACCAACAUCUACAAGUACGUGUCCUGGAUCGAGGACAUCACCAAGAACAAGUGA